GCCAGUACUAGUGCCGUUCUACCUUUUGAUGAACUGGCGAGCACCAGCGGCCUAGUUCAUCUGUUUUUUUCACAUACUAGCUCUGCAGUAUCACUUGGUGACGUGGCGAGUCCCAUAAGUGCAGUAGAAGCUGGUGCAGUGGCGAGCACAAGUAUUGUCCCGCAGCCACCAAGAAUUUGCACACAGAUCCAUAGAGCCCCUAGUAUCCUUCUGGAUGUGCUUGCAAAUCCCGAUUGGCAGCCCACAAAUUCUGCAGCAACCAUACUUCCCCCAUUUACUGAUCAACCCGGAAUUCAGGUGAAAACAGCAAAUUUAAAUACUCCCCUUGAUUUUUUUAAACUGUUUUUCACGGAUAAUCUGUAUGCAUUGACUGUGGAUCAAAGCAAUUUAUAUGUACAACAGUUUAUCGCCCCCAACCCAAAUUCAAACCUUGCCAGACCAUUCGCAUGGAAACCCAUUACGGUUUCUGAAUUAAAAUUUUUUGGGGGCCUAACUCUCAACAUUGACAUUACUAAAAAAAAUGAAUUGCGGUUGUAUUGGUCCACAGACCCGAUUCCUCAUAUGCCCGUGUUUUUCUGCUGCCGUGACCAGGCAUAGAUAUGAGAGUAUAAUACGUUUUAUGCAUUUCAAUGACAACACACUCUGUCGUCCUCGGGGUGACCCUGAAUUUGACAUGGCUCCACAAAAUUCGGACCCUCAUAAAUCACCUUAAUCAAAACAUUUGCAGAUGUCUAUACUCCCCAGCAAAACAUCUGCGUUGAUGAGUCCCUCAUUAAUUUUUCUGGCCGUCGUGCAUUCAAUAUCUCCCCAGCAAGCGUGCCAGAUAUGGGGUCAAGAUAUAUAAGACCUGAAAGAGGGCAGCAGGCUAUACAUACAAGUUUUGGAUUUAUGAGGGAAAAGAUAGUCACGUGGAGUCUCCCCAGAUGCCCAGACUACAUGGGGAGCAGUGGCAAGAUAGUUUGGGACUUGGUGACCUCCUUUUUUCCAUAUGGGGUACCACUUACAGAUGGACAAUUUUUACUCAAGCUUGCCACUAUUUAGACAUUUGUACAAUCUUGGA